CUGUUGGCCAAUCAGUUUCCGUCACGGCUAAGCAAGUAGGUUAAGCAGAGCACUGAACGGUGCAUUGGGAGAGUUUUUUCCAACAGCUGACACGGGAGGACGAGACUGACCCCGACACGAUUUACAAAGCACCUGAAGCAAGUGGAUGACGACAGCCAUGAGGCUCCUCUGUCUGCUGCAGUUGGCCUGUUUGGCUGGUUAUGUUGCUGCCAGUUCAAGAGACUGGGCCCACCACGGUGCCCCCAUGUAUGCCGACCUCACAGUUCGCGAGAUGAAAGCUGUACGAGAAUACCUGCAUGGCAUUCCACAACUGAAGCUCACCAACGCUCGUAGCAGGACGCUGGAGAAGAACAGCAUCCUUCUGAUGGAACUCCAUUUGCCAAGGAAGCACGAAGCCCUGAGAGCGCUGGACCGUGGACAGGCCAAACCCCCACGUCAAGCCCGUGUCGUCGUCCAGUUCGGGAACCAGGCCAUGCCCAACAUCACCGAGUACAUUGUCAGUCCUCUGCCAUCCCCAAAUACUCAUGAAGUCAAGACCUUCAAGGGGGCUAGGCCUGUCCGCUUUGAGUCGAGGCCCAUUACUGCUGCAGAGUACGAACACAUCAUUGACAUCCUUAAAAAGAUUACAACCACAGUUCACAAGCUCCUGUUUGAGACCACAGGUGGGUUUUCCUUCACCAACUGCUCUGACCGCUGCCUGACGUUCUCUGACAUUGCCCCGCGUGGUUUGGGUCCAGGCGAGAGGAGAUCCUGGAUCAUGUUGCAGAAGUUUGUGGAGGGUUAUUUCAUCCACCCGGUCGGGUUUGAGGUACUGAUCAACCACCAGAGCCUGGACCCAGCAGAGUGGAGCGUUGAAAAGGUGUGGUACAACAGCAUGUACUUUGACAGUCUUGAGGAACUGGUAGAAAAAUAUGAAUCAGGAGGUGUGGAGAAGGUCAAACUGCCUGCCCAUGACGACGACGACCUCUACUCCACCUACAUCCCCCGGGGUCACAGCAACACUCCCACUAAUAUCCAUGGACCAAAGCUCGUGGAACCCCAGGGGCCUCGCUAUCACAUUGACCGCAACUUUGUCGAAUAUGCUGGAUGGUCUUUUGCCUACCGAGUGCGCUCAUCUGCUGGGCCUCAGGUAUUUGACCUACGUUUCAAUGGGGAAAGGAUUGCCUAUGAGAUCAGCCUCCAAGAAGCGAUUGCCUUCUAUUCUGGCGAUACUCCUGCCGCCAUGCAAACAAAGUAUAUAGAUGCCGGCUGGGCAAUGGGCGCCUCAACCUUUGAGCUAGCACCUGGAAUCGACUGUCCAGAAAUUGCCACCUUUGUUGACCUUUACCACUACUUUGACACAGACAAACCUGUGCACCACAAAAACGCACUCUGUAUUUUUGAGAUGACCACCGCCAUGCCUCUGAGGAGGCAUUUCAACUCCAACUUCAAGGGAGGAUACAACUUCUACGGGGGGCUGGAAAACACGGUGCUGGUGCUGCGGACGACCUCGACGGUUUACAACUAUGAUUACAUCUGGGACUUCAUCUUCUACCAGAAUGGAGUGAUGGAGGUAAAAGUCAGCGCCACUGGAUACAUCCAUGCCACUUUCUUUACACCUAACGGACUUCACUAUGGUGCCAAGGUGUACAACUACGCGCUGGGUAACUUGCACACACAUCUCAUCCAUUACAAAGUGGAUCUUGAUAUUGCUGGUCGGGAGAACAGCUUUGAGUCGAUGGACCUGAAAUACGUCAACUUCACAAAUCCCUGGAGCCCGAGCAACUUCGUCGUCCAGUCCAAACUCCACAGGACAGAGCACAAGACCGAGCGAUCUGCGGCUUUCCGCUUUGGCAAGAAGUUCCCCCGCUAUGCGCACUUUUUCAACCCCAAUGAGAAAAAUAAAUGGGGGCAGCAGAGGGGUUACCGAAUUCAGUUCAACUCACAUGGCCACAGUGUCCUUCCAAGAGGAUGGAGAGAGGAAAAUGGCAUCAGUUGGUCGAGGUAUCCUCUGGCUGUGACUCGUCAUAAAGAUAGUGAAGCCACCAGCAGCAGCAUUUACACCCAGAACGAUCCCUGGGAACCGGCCGUGUCCUUUGAGGACUACAUCCGCAACAAUGAAGACAUAGUCAACCAGGACCUCGUCGCCUGGGUGACGGUCGGCUUCCUGCAUGUGCCUCACUCAGAAGACAUCCCCAACACAGCGACGCCUGGCAACGCAGUGGGCUUCUUCCUCCGCCCCUUCAAUUUCUUCGAUGAAGACCCUUCGCUGUCAUCCCAAAGCACCGUCAUUGUCCGGCCGGGCCGGGACGGCAAACCCAAGGUGCAGAGAUGGACACCUGAGGGCAUAGGUCACUGUGUGACGAACAAGCCCUUCUUUUACAAUGGCACAUAUGCAGGAGUCUAGAGGGGGUUUUGCAAAUGUAUUUUUUCAGUUGGCAAAAUUGCACUAUGAGGAUCUUAGAUGAAUAAAAAUCACUUAGUAAUACAUAUAGUCAGAUUUAUUCUUAGUCAUGUAUUGCAAUGUGAAAAAGAGGAUUUCUUCAAUAUUUAGAUUUUGACACAACAAAUUUCAUGUAAAAAAAGAAAGAAGACAAUUUUAAAAAGGAAAAUGUUUUGGUUUUUUUUACUGUUUUUUCAUAAAUUAUGCUUGUCAUCAAUGAUCAGGUAUAACUUCAAACCAUAUUUUCGAAUAAGAUGAUUUACUGCGGACUGCUCACGUUGCACUAACAUUUUAAAUCACAAUUUCUUUUACACAUUACUUGACAUAGCCACACAUGUAACCAGGCAGGGAUUGUCUUGGGUCUAUUUUUUUUUCGGGGGGGGGGGGGGGUGAGAACUCCAGUAAUCCCAUGCCUGGUCUCCGUGGCUGAGGUUUAGCAGCAGCAAGCAUCCAGGAUGCAGGAUGCUCCGUAUCCGCCCCACUGGAUGUAGACUGCUGCCCCUCAGCAGGCAGCGAUCGUCCCCCGGGGGGAAUGUUUUUGCUGCACAGACAACAGGCCUAACUGAGCAAACAGCCUGAUUCCGGAUCCUUCCCCACAAAUAGCCCAGAUACCACCUGGCGGCGCCGUCGCCCCUGGAAACCUAUCUUUACAUACAAUGACACAGAAUUUACAGAAUAUCAACAGCACAUGCAACGGCUUUGUCCUUUGCGCACACAUUCCUGACAUAGCUAUGCCACUCACACCGAAGAAUUCUAUUAAGUGACCCCAAAAAAUCUAACUGUUUGGAUCAUAUUGUAUAUUUUUGAUAUUAUUAGGUCUGUAUUAAGCACUGUAUAAUAAACACAAUUUGUCUGCCGGCAAACUUAAUAAAGCUUCCAUGGCGAUAGA